AUGACUUGUUUUAAUAUAAACCAACCUAUUUUCUCUGUUGAUUUAGAAACAAUUAUGUCCUAUCAAAAAUCAUCUUAUCCAAACGUUUCUAUUCCUAUUGCUUUUUUAUUAAUGAAAGACACAAUUAUUGCAUUAGGUGGUAAUAAAUUAGAAGGGCUAUUUAGAGUCCCAGGAAAACAAGAUGAUAUCGAUGGUUAUAAAACAUUAUUUAAUGAAGGAAAAUAUGAAAUUUAUAAAGAAUGUAAUUGUCAUACAAUUGCAAGUUUAUUUAAAUUAUUUUUGAGAGAAUUACCAACACCUAUUAUUCCACCUAUUUAUUAUGAUAAAUUUGUUAAUGAAGAUGUUGUUGCAAAAUUAGAUGAAAGUCCAGAUAAAGUUAUGGAAUUAUUAAAUUUAUUACCAAGAAUCAAUAGAGACAUGUUUAUAUUUAUUAUUGACUUUCUUCAAUUCUUAGUUCCAUUUGAGUCAUUAACAAAAAUGGAUAUGGAUAAUUUAGCAAUGGUUUUUAGUGCUUGUAUGAUUAUAAAUCCUGACCUUGAUCCUUUUAGUGCUUUAACUAAAACAAAUUUAGCUAAAAAUUUAAUUUAUGAAAUGAUUCUUCAUAUGCCAAAAUCUGCUAUUCAAGAAUUAGAUUUAAAUGUACAAGGAUAUACUAGUGGUAAAGGAAUGGUAUUAUUAGAAACAGACCCUAUUGAAUCUUUAAAAGAAGAGACUGAAUCAAAAAAAACUAAAGACAAAUCAAAAAAACAAAGCGGAUUGUUUAGAAGUCGUGCUCAAACUAAUUCUAAAAAUUCUAAACAUCAUAAUAAACAUGGAAGUGAAGUUAUUUCAAUGUUGUCUAAAUCAACUACAUCUACUUCUGGAGAUAAGUCUGUUUCUCCACGUUCAACUUCACCUUCAACACCCUUUUUAUUAACUCCUUAUAAAAGGGCAACUUCAAUAGAAUCAUCAAAUAGCGAACAAACAACUGAAAAUAAUUCUUCAACCCCUGUGGCUGGUUCUCCUUCUAAUGUUAUUAAUUCUCCUAGACAAACAUCUUCUACACUAGUACUAUAUGAUAUAUUCAAAGCACCAGCUGCUUUACUUAGACCAACUUUUAUAAAACCAAAUUGA